AUGACAAGGGGUCCCAUACUGCAGGCCCAACCGUCUCGCGAGGAGACGGAGCCCAUGACAAGGGGUCCCAUAUUGCAGGCAGUUGCCCAACCGUCUCGCGAGGAGACAGAGCCCAUGACAAGGGGUCCCAUAUUGCAGGCAGUUGCCCAACCGUCUAGCGAGGAGACGGAGCCCAUGACAAGGGGUCCCAUACUGCAGGCAGUUGCCCAACCGUCUUGCGAGGAGACGGAGCCCAUGACAAGGGGUCCCAUAUUGCAGGCAGUUGCCCAACCGUCUAGCGAGGAGACGGAGCCCAUGACAAGGGGUCCCAUACUGCAGGCAGUUGCCCAACCGUCUAGCGAGGAGACGGAGCCCAUGACAAGGGGUCCCAUAUUGCAGGCCCAACCGUCUAGCGAGGAGACGGAGCCCAUGACAAGGGGUCCCAUAUUGCAGGAAGUUGCCCAACCGUCUAGCGAGGAGACAGAGCCCAUGACAAGGGGUCCCAUAUUGCAGGCAAUUGCCCAACCGUCUAGCAAGGAGACAGAGCCCAUGACAAGGGGUCCCAUAUUGCAGGCCCAACCGUCUAGCAAGGAGACAGAGCCCAUGACAAGGGGUCCCAUAUUGCAGGCCCAACCGUCUAGCGAGGAGACGGAGCCCAUGACAAGGGGUCCCAUAUUGCAGGCCCAACCGUCUAGCAAGAAGACGGAGCCCAUGACAAGGGGUCCCAUAUUGCAGGCUGUUGCCCAACCAUCUAGCAAGGAGACGGAACCCAUGACAAGGGGUCCCAUAUUGCAGGCCCAACCAUCUAGCAAGAAGACGGAGCCCAUGACAAGGGGUCCCAUAUUGCAGGCUGUUGCCCAACCAUCUAGCAAGGAGACGGAACCCAUGACAAGGGGUCCCAUAUUGCAGGCCCAACCAUCUAGCAAGAAGACGGAGCCCAUGACAAGGGGUCCCAUAUUGCAGGCUGUUGCCCAACCAUCUAGCAAGGAGACGGAGCCCAUGACAAGGGGUCCCAUACUGCAGGCCCAACCGUCUAGCGAGGAGACGGAGCCCAUGACAAGGGGUCCCAUAUUGCAGGAAGUUGCCCAACCGUCUAGCGAGGAGACAGAGCCCAUGACAAGGGGUCCCAUAUUGCAGGCAGUUGCCCAACCGUCUAGCAAGGAGACGGAGCCCAUGACAAGGGGUCCCAUAUUGCAGGCCCAACCGUCUAGCAAGGAGACAGAGCCCAUGACAAGGGGUCCCAUAUUGCAGGCCCAACCGUCUAGCAAGGAGACGGAGCCCAUGACAAGGGGUCCCAUACUGCAGGCCCAACCGUCUAGCAAGAAGACGGACCCCAUGACAAGGGGUCCCAUAUUGCAGGCAAUUGCCCAACCGUCUAGCAAGGAGACGGAGCCCAUGACAAGGGUCCCAUAUUGCAGGCCCAACCGUCUAGCAAGGAGACAGAGCCCAUGA